AUUGUUAUAAAUAAGUGUGAGUAAUAAAUACGAUCGCACUGUAUUCUUAAAGAUAAAACCCCAACACGUGCAGAUAACUAACUCAUCAUUAAUCUAGUGAUAAAUGAAUUUGUGUAGUUAAAUAUCUGAUGAUUGGAUAUGGUUAUUUAUAACAUUACAAUGUUAAUUGUUUAAAUUAAACUGAAUUUUAAAAUAUAUAAAUAUAUGUGUGUGUGUGUGUAUGUAUAUAAUAAUAAUAUGAUCCAACAAAGUUUUUUAAUGAUUAUUGGUCAGUCAUAUAACUUCCAUAUAUCAAGAUUCUUGCAUAAAAAAAAUUCAUUAUCUUAUUGUUUGGAUUUACUCCGAAAAAGAGAUUAUGAAAACUAUCUAUGUACAAUAUUGCUACCUAAAGAGAUUAGAAGAACUGCUAUUGCUAUUAGAGCUUUUAACAUCGAGGUAGCUAUUUUACAAGAUCAGAUUUCUGACUUAAAAAUUGGAAAAAUGCGAUUUAAAUUUUGGGAAAAUAGUUUAGCAGAAAUUUAUGAAAAUAAAGUCCCCAAACAUCCUGUCUUAAUUGAGCUUCAUUCAGCAGUCAAAAAUAAAAAACUUAACAAAUUAUUUCUAAAACGUUUGAUUUUGGCAAGAGAAAAUUUUAUGUUAAAAUCUUCUUUUGAAACAAUGGAAGACUUAGAAAAGUAUGCAGAAGAUUCUGUAUCUCCUAUUUAUUAUUUAUUAUUAGAAGCAAUGGGUCUUAAGAAUGUAAAUGCUGAUCAUGCUGUUAGUCAUCUAGGGAAAUGUCAUGGAAUCGUUAAUAUGAUUAGAAGUUUGCCAUAUAGCAAGAAAUGGGGACAUAUAUCUUUACCUCAAGAAAUAUUAUUAAAGUAUAAUGUAUCUCAAGAAAAAAUAAUUCGACAGUCAUGUGAUAAAAAUAUUUGUGAUUCUAUUUUUGAAGUUGCAUCUAGGGCUAAUAGUCAUUUAGUUAAGGCUACAGCUAUCCGAAAUAAUUUAGAUACAAAGAUAAAAUCCAUAUUUUUAUCAGCUGUACCACUCAAUUCUUACUUAGAAAAACUUCAAAGAUCAAAUUUUAACGUUUUUGAUGAGAAAUUACAAAAGCGAGAUAAUCUAUUACCUAUAAAACUAUUGUGGAAUAAACUAAUGAAUUAAACAAUAUUUAAUAAUAAAAUUUGUAUCAUAGUUGAAUAUAGUCAUACAUUUAAAAAAAAGAGGAAUCUGAUAAUAUUCAUUCAUGGAUAGAUGUUGAAGAUUUGGCAAAACAAUUUUUGGAUGCAAAAUUUUUAAAAGUAAAAUCCAUGUUAGUGUUUGGCAGGCCUCAACUUGUGAGACCUUCUUUUGACGAAUUUCGUUUUGUUAGAAGAUACUAUGACUCAGAAAAAAAAAUAACACCCUUAUACAGAGUUGAAGAAAUAUUUCCAAGCAAAGGUUUUACAAUAUAUGAUGGAAACUGAAGCACCCGUAUCCAGUUUUAUCUCCACCAAUUUGUUUUUUACCAAGACUCUCAACUUAAUGGGAACCGUUCCCUUAUCUGCCUUGUCAAUAUUUUUAAUAUGAUAUAGUUUAUUAAAACUUUCAGCUAACUCAUCCAUACUAUCAUCACUUUCUUUACUAUUGUUUACUAUUGUUUACUUUUAACUCAGAAAUAUAAUUUAUUUUCUUUGGUUUCUUAUUUCUACAAACAUAAGAUAAAUUACCAACUUUUUUACAUGUGUUGCAUGAAUACUCCUUGUACCUGCAUUGUGAAAAUGUGUGAUUGUUUCUUCCAAAGCACAAGCAAUGUCUUUUUUUCAUAUUGUUUACAUUAUUUUAAUUUUUCCUGAUGUGAAAUUGUUUCGUGAUAUUCUACUGAUUUGUAUUGUUUGAAUUAAUUUGCGGUUUGUACCUUUCAUUUUUUAUAUAGUUAAGUUCUUCAAUUUCGCUUCGUCCCUCUGUAUCUUUAUCUACUCCUCUUGUAAUGCCUCUUUUAACGCAUUAUCAAAAGUUAGGUCUUUCUCUUUUAAUAAUCUAAAAUGACGUUUAGGUCUCUUAGGUGUUCAACAAAUAUUCUUCCAAAAUUGCAGUGAUUGGAUAGUUUUUUUAGCCCUCUAACAUACUGCUGGAUGCUUUCCCCUUUUUUUUGAGUCCUGUUAUUAAAUUUGAUUCUUUCAGAUAUGAAAUGUGGUUUUGGGUCGAAGUAUGAUCCUAAUUUUUCUUUGAUUUGUUUGUAAGUCAGUUCAUCCAGCUUUUUAGGCGAGCAUAAGUUUUUUAGUAUUUUGUAUAUGUUUUUAUAUACUACUGCCAACAACGUUGGGACUUGUUUUGCUGCCACUAUAUUAUUGCACUUUACAAAUAUGUUGAAUUUUUCCGUAUAUGAUUCCCAGUCGCCGACGCUGGGAUAGAACAGCUCCAUAUUUCCGAUUGCUACACUCAUAAUUUUACCUGUUUUAUUCUCAUCGCCACUUUGUUAUGUAUCUCUUUAUUUAAUAUGAGGAACUUUAAUUUAUAAUAAACUUAACUUAACAUGAUUAAUAAUUAUAAAAUCUAAUGUAUAUAUAUAUAUAUAUAUAUAAUGUUAGGUUAUGCUACAAAUGAAUAAUACAGUGUUGAUACAUAAUACAACAAUAUCAAGUACUGAUAACAUACACAACAUAACAAUUUGUUUCUAUCAGCGCCAUUGUGACAUUAAUCUUAAAUGUCUCCUUAUCCACAUUGGUAUAUAUAAUAUUUUAUAAUUCAUGAAUAAUACAUUUAAUUGUUAUGCUUUGAAAAUUCAUUCUACAUUCAUUCAUUCAAAUAUGUGUCCGCCAAUUAAAUGUUCUUAAAAAACAGUUUGUAAUGUUGCAGAAUUUGACUAGUUUUUUUUAUAAAUCUUAUCAAUUAGAGGUGUGUGCAGUAGGUGUAAAGUAUUUUAAUAGUUGUGUAUGUGAUAACCUCCACUAGUCAACCGGUCUGAUAUCUGUCAUCCUAUCGUCAUCAGCUGACCGUCACUCUGCACCUGUACCAAUAUUGUUGUAUUUCCCCCCAAUGAACGUGUUCAAAGUUGGCACCACCACCACCCGGCGUCACGAUCACCGGGCACUUACAAAUGCCACGACAACGGAUUUUUUUUUCCCAACCAUACUACCGAGGCGUCAAGUCGUGUUUUCUGUAUAUUUUUGUUGUGAAAACCACGUUUUUUUUUGUACAUUUUUUUUUUUGUCCUCCGUUUUUUUUUAUUAAAAUAAAACGUUGAGUUGAUCUGCCGUCUACUUGUGGUGUCAACCAGGCUGUAUUUUUUUUUUUCCGUUUUUUUUUAAAUAAAACGUUGAGAUGCCAAUGAUGAUGGUGAUGUGAGGAACAACUAUGGUCGGUGGUGGGCCGUCACUCCUCGAGAAACAAUCAACGACAAGUAUCAAUAAAACUCCCCCUUUGUACCCUUUGACAAUGUUGUGUAUAUAGCACCUCUUUCUUCUUUUUUUAUUCUUUCCUUAUGAAUAUAUAUAACAAUAUUUAUAAAUCUUCAAUAAUUAAAUAAUUAAAAAAUGUUAUUAUAUUAUACAUGGCCUCUUUUUUUUCUCUCAAUACUUUUCUCUCAUUUUUAUUAAUAUUUGUUUUUUUUUUAUCAAAACCUAGUAGCUCCGUCAACAAGUACUAUCUUGCUUGGCGCGGCUAAUAGGUCACUGUCCAGUGUUCCACCGGGCAGUGGGUAAAUAGUAGGCCCUCCGUUUUAGCUGAAACCUUACAAGUUUCACCAAUAUCAAGACGCUAUUGUAAGCGCGUUAAUAGAACUCGAUCACGUUGAUGAGUUUGAUAAUAUCAAACAUUGAUAAUAUUGCCGUUGAUUGCUGAAAUAGAAAACAUUUUUUAUGAUAUUAAUGCUGUUGCGUCCCUAGUUCAAAACGUGAAUAAACCGCAUCCCGCUGUUACUGCGCCCAGCCAUUCUCAUACGUUAUACAACAACAUGUAUGCGAAUACGAAUUUAAAAUUUAAUGGUAGUAUCACAGACUAGACUACUUUCCGUAAUACAUUUGAAUCUAUUGUGAACAUCGAUUCUAAUAAAAUUAGGCAAUUCGUUUGUCCGGAUCCGCGCUUGCUGUCAUAAAAUUUGUACCAAUUAGGGAAGCCAAUUACUAUAUAAUGUGGAACGCGCUUACCGAUAGGUAUGAAAAUAAAAGAGUUAGCAACGCCACACUUGGACAAAAUCUUUUCAUUUCAACCUAUGAAUAGUGAAUCACUUUCAUCUUUGCAACUUUUUUUGAAUGUUCUGACUUAAGACAAAAUAAUACAACACACUCGCGUGAGUUCAUACAAAAAUAUUCUCCAAAUAUUAAAUUUAAAAACCUAAAAGGAUAGGAGAUAUAAUUUGUAUGUCUUGUUUCUGGAAAAUUUAUUAAAAAUUGAAGAUUCCUUCCUUCAUAAUAAAUAGUCUAAUAAAUUUUAAAAUUAAACUUUAUUCUAUACGAAUUUAAGACCUCUUCUACAUCCCACUAUUAUUUAAAAAUAUUUUGCAUGUUUUUCCAUUAAUUUAAUUCAAUCUGCUGGUAAUACGUUAUCUCUUAAGAAUUUAUUUACAAAUUAGCUUGUUAAAUAUUUUUAUUGUUGUUUUCUUAUUAGAAUAUUAAUGUAAUUUUUAUAGUGUUAUAAUAUGUAAUAUUGUUUUUGUAAUUGUAAAUUUAGUAAUUUUUAUAUGUUUUUGUUUUUACUCUAUUAGUUAAAUCUUUUUCUUCUUUUCUUUUUCCUCGCCUUAAUCCCAACUACUUGGGGUCGGCCACCCUUAUCCUAAACUUCCACUUGACACGAUCUCCCACAUCAUCUACGCUCACAUCAGCUGUCCUCAAAUCGCAUUCAAUAACAUCCCUCCAUCUCUUUUUUGGUCUUCCUCUACCUCUUAUUCUAUUAGUUAAAUCAAUUAUUGUAAAUCAUUGUUAUCAUUAUAUUAUAAUUUGUAAUGAAUUGGACUGAGGUCUAUUAAUGAAGAAAAUAAAUAAACUUCGAAAUUA